UAUUGGCGGGGGUCGGGGGGGAAGCUGGUGAGGUUUGGUUUCCCUGCCUUGGAGAGGAGAGGAAGUUGGUCCCCUCUUUCUCGUGGGGUUCCCUCCUUUUUCGGGCUAAAAUGGGGCGCCAUCCCUUCCGGGAGGAAAAAAACGAGGUUUCCUUGUGCUUUGGCAAGGGGUGAAAGGCAGCGCCCCCCUCCCCUUUAUUAAGUGCGAAAUGGGCUCGCCCCAUGCCCUUCUCUGGAGGGUGAUAAAGGGGCCAGCCCGGCGCGUUUCAGCGAGAGGUUGGGGCCCCAUUUACCCUGCGUCAGCAGAAGGUUGGGGUGCAGGGUUCGCCCACUUUUUUGGUGGGGCAGGGGAAGAGGUGGCUAGAGAGUGGAUUUGGAAAUCGUAGAAGGGUUUCAGCCGGCAGGAAAGUGAGUCUUGGAGGGAGUGGGGGUGGGGAGGGGAAGAGAAGGCGCUGGACAGAUGGCUGCCCCGUCGCAGCCCGGGGCUGGGGAGUCGCAGAGGACCCUCCCUUAGACAGGGGUCUUAGCUAGGGCUUCCCAUGCCAGGCACCAUGGCCCCUUCUCCCCACUCCCACCUCCCCUUUUCCCUUUCUCCUUCACAGACCAUACUUUGCCUUUUAAAAGAAAUGCCACCCACAUUCAGAGACACAAGUGCAGCAGUUUGGGAAGAUGGUGAGUUGGAAGAAGGCGAACUGGAGGAUGACGGGGCCGAGGAGACCCAGGACGCCUCCGGAGGCCCCGAGAGGAGCCGGAAGGAGAAGGGGGAGAAGCACCACAGCGACUCAGAUGAGGAGAAGUCUCACCGGAGGCUGAAGCGGAAACGCAAGAAAGAGCGGGAGAAGGAGAAGAGGAGAUCCAAGAAGAGGCGGAAAUCCAAGCACAAACGCCACGCUUCUUCCAGCGAUGACUUCUCUGACUUCUCAGAUGACUCGGAUUUCAGCCCCAGCGAGAAGGGGCACCGCAAGUACAGAGAGUACAGCCCCCCCUAUGCGCCGUCCCACCAGCAGUAUCCCCCGUCGCACACCACACCCCUGCCCAAGAAGGCCUACUCCAAGAUGGACAGCAAGGGCUACGGCAUGUACGAAGACUAUGAGAACGAGCAGUACGGGGAGUACGAGGGUGAUGAGGAGGAGGACAUGGGCAAGGACGACUACGACGACUUCACCAAAGAGCUGAACCAGUACCGGCGGGCCAAGGAGGGCAGCAGCCGGGGCCGAGGCAACCGAGGCCGUGGCAGGGGCUACCGAGGCCGUGGAAGCCGCGGAGGGUCUCGAGGCCGAGGCAUGGGCAGGGGCAGCCGAGGCAGAGGCAGAGGCUCCGUGGGAGGAGACCACCCGGAGGACGAAGAGGACUUCUAUGAAGAGGACAUGGAAUAUGGAGAAAGUGAGGAGCCGAUGGGAGAUGAGGACUAUGACGACUAUUCCAAGGAGCUGAACCAGUACCGCCGGUCCAAGGAUGGCCGAGGACGAGGGCUAAGUCGAGGCCGUGGCCGGGGUUCCCGAGGUCGAGGGAAAGGGAUGGGCCGGGGCCGUGGUCGAGGUGGCAGCCGAGGAGGGAUGAACAAGGGUGGAAUGAAUGAUGACGAAGACUUCUACGACGAGGACAUGGGCGACGGUGGUGGAAGCUACCGGAGGGGUGACCAUGACAAGCCCCACCAGCAGUCCGAUAAGAAAGGCAAAGUCAUCUGCAAAUACUUCGUGGAAGGGCGGUGCACAUGGGGAGACCACUGUAAUUUUAGCCACGACAUCGAGCUACCAAAGAAGCGAGAACUGUGCAAGUUUUACAUCACCGGAUUUUGUGCCAGAGCCGAGAACUGCCCCUAUAUGCAUGGUGAUUUUCCGUGUAAGUUGUACCACACGACCGGAAACUGCAUCAACGGCGAUGACUGCAUGUUCUCUCACGACCCCUUGACCGAGGAGACCAGAGAGCUCUUGGACAAGAUGUUGGCUGAUGACGCAGAGGCAGGCGCUGAGGAUGAGAAGGAAGUUGAGGAGCUGAAGAAGCAGGGCAUCAACCCCCUGCCCAAACCUCCCCCUGGCGUGGGCCUCCUGCCCACCCCGCCCCGCCCACCUGGCCCUCCGGCCCCGACCUCUCCGAAUGGCCGGCCCAUGCAGGGUGGCCCCCCACCCCCGCCCCCGCCCCCGCCCCCGCCCCCCGGCCCCCCUCAGCUGCCCAUGCCCGUGCAUGAGCCGCUGUCCCCACAGCAGCUGCAGCAGCAGCAGGACAUGUACAACAAGAAGAUCCCCUCCUUGUUUGAGAUCGUGGUGCGGCCCACAGGACAGCUGGCUGAGAAACUGGGUGUGAGGUUCCCUGGACCCGGAGGACCCCCAGGACCGAUGGGCCCCGGGCCCAACAUGGGACCCCCGGGGCCGAUGGGGGCCCCGAUGCAUCCUGACAUGCAUCCCGACAUGCACCCGGACAUGCACCCUGACAUGCAUCCGGACAUGCACCCUGACAUGCCAAUGGGCCCUGGCAUGAAUCCUGGCCCGCCCAUGGGACCUGGCGGCCCUCCAAUGAUGCCCUAUGGUCCUGGAGACUCCCCACAUUCUGGAAUGAUGCCCCCCAUCCCACCAGCCCAGAACUUCUAUGAAAACUUUUACCAGCAGCAAGAGGGCAUGGAGAUGGAGCCAGGACUCAUUGGGGACGCAGAGGACUACGGGCACUACGAAGAGCUGCCGGGGGAGCCUGGGGAGCACCUCUUCCCCGAGCACCCUCUGGAGCCUGACAGCUUCCCUGAGGGAGGGCCCCCAGGCCGGCCGAAGCCGGGCGCCGGUGUCCCCGACUUCCUGCCCUCGGCCCAGAGGGCCCUGUACCUGAGGAUCCAGCAGAAGCAGCAGGAGGAGGAGGAGAGAGCGAGGAGGCUGGCUGAGCGCAGCAAGCAGGACCGGGAGAGUGAGGAAGGUGACACUGGAAACUGGUACUCAAGUGAUGAGGAUGAGGGUGGGAACAGCGUCACCUCCAUCCUGAAGACCCUGAGGCAGCAGACGUCUAGCCGACCCCAGGCUUCUGUCGGGGAGCUGAGCAGCACUGGGCUGGGGGACCCCCGCCUCCAGAAGGGACACCCCACGGGAGGGCGGCUGGCUGACCCCCGCCUCAGCCGGGACCCCAGACUUAGCCGCCACGUCGAGGCUUCCAGCAGUUCAGGCCCAGGUGACACAGGACCCUCUGACCCUCGACUGGCUCGCUCCCUGUCUACCCCCAAGCCCGAAGGCGGCCUUCAUUCCAGCCCCGCAGGCCCCAGUGGCUCCAAGGGGUCUGGGCCACCCCCUGCAGAAGAGGAGGAAGGGGAACGGGCCCUUCGGGAGAAGGCUGUGAACAUUCCCCUGGACCCCCUCCCUGGGCACCCACUGCGGGACCCGCGCUCGCAGCUGCAGCAGUUCAGCCACAUCAAGAAGGAUGUGACCCUGAGCAAGCCGAGCUUUGCCCGCACUGUGCUCUGGAACCCUGAGGACCUGAUCCCCCUGCCCAUCCCCAAGCAGGAUGCAGUGCCCCCCGUCCCUGCGGCCCUGCAGUCCCUGCCUGCCCUGGAUCCCAGGCUGCACCGCACCACCACCUCGGGCCCCCCCAACCCCCGGCAGCGCCCAGGCACCUCUACAGAUCCCAGCACAUCUGGCUCUAGCCUGCCUGACUUUGAGCUCCUCUCUCGCAUCCUCAAGACUGUCAAUGCCACUGGCCCCUCGGCGGCCCCUGGCCCCGGUGACAAGCCCAGUGACCCUCGAGUGCGGAAGACACCCACCGACCCCCGGCUGCAGAAACCAGCAGACUCUGCUGCCUCCUCCCGGGCAGCCAAGCCUGGCCCCACCGAAGCGCCCUCUCCAGCUGCCAGCCCCAGCGGGGAGUCCUCCCCGCCAGCCACCGCCCCCUAUGACCCCCGCGUGCUGGCAGCCGGCGGCCUGGGCCAGGGCAGCGGGAGCGGGCAGAGCAGCGUGCUGAGCGGCAUCAGCCUCUACGACCCCAGGACUCCCAACACGGGUGGCAAAGCUGCAGAGCCGGCCGCUGAUGCAGGCACCCAGCCCAAGGGCCCUGAGGGCAACGGCAAGACCUCCGCCACCAAGGCCAAGGAGCCCCCAUUUGUCCGCAAGUCCGCCCUGGAACAGCCUGAAUCGGGGAAGUCUGGGGCAGAUGGGGCCGCAGUCACGGCCACAGACAGGUACAACAGUUAUAACCGGCCCCGGCCCAAGGCCGCUGCGGCCCCCGCCGCCGCCACGGGCGCCCCGCCAGCAGAGGGCGUCCCGCCCCAGCCCGGCGUGCACAACCUCCCGGUGCCCACCCUCUUCGGGACCGUGAAACAGGCACCCAAGACGGGCUCCGGAAGCCCAUUUGCUGGCAACAGCCCGGCCCAAGAGGGUGAGCAGGACGCUGGGUCCCUGAAAGAUGUUUUUAAAGGCUUUGACCCCACUGCCUCCCCCUUUUGCCAGUAGUGUUAAGCCGGAGUCGAGCGCUCCCUGCACCCCACCCUUCCCAGGGCAAUAUUUAAGGGCAGCAACCAGAGUUGGGGACUUGGGGGGAGGGGGGAGGGGGUCUGGGUGUUCUUUCUUUUCUUUUUUCCUAUUCUUUUUUCUUUUCUUUCCCCCCCCCUUCUUUUUUUUUUAAAGUAGUACUUUCUUUGGAACAUAUAAAUUGUAUAUAACUAUCUUUAACUUCUGGUCAGUGCUGCGGGGCUCCUAGGCUCCCGCCAAGAAAACCUACAUGUGCAUGUGUACAUUUGCGAGUCCCCUGGGCCUCAGCCCCAGCUGGCACUCCGCCUGGCCUGGCCAGGCCUGAUUUUCAGGGACUUCUUAAAGGCUGGGGCCCCAGUUUGGUGGCUGGGGGUCUGGUGGGUUUUCUGGGCAGAGCUUGGCCCCUCCCCCUAUCCUACCCCCCCCCCACCCCCAGGACAAAGGGAACAGCAGGCGUCGAGAAGGCACUGAGCACUGCUCACCCUGUGGUGCAUGAGCAAGAAGAGACGGAGCCGAGAUGGUGGGAAGGACCCGCAUGGAAGCAGGUCUAGGCAUUUCUGCGUCUCCUCUGCAGUGUGCAGGCCAUGAUGACCCGCUUCAGGGGCCAGCGGAAGUGAGAAAGUGUCAAGACAGAAGGAAAAGAGAAAGAGCCUUCGGAAGCUGCCUGGGCCGGGAGAAACAAAGUCCUUUUCUACUGCUCUCUCAUCUGGAUUCACACACCGGCCUCCCUGCCAUCCUCCGUCCAGAGUUCAUCCCAGAGCAAACCGGCGCCCUCCAGCCUGCGACAGGAGACUCCGGGUGAGAAAUGGACCUGGAGUCGGCAAGGCUGGUGUGGCCAGGAGCUGCCUGCGAGAGGCAGAGCACGCGCUUUCCAUCAGCUUAGCCCGUCCCGUCCUGUCGUGUCCCAGCCGUGCCUUUCCCCCUCGUGCUGGGCUCUGUCCUGGGCUCAGAAGGCAAAGUGCCCAGUGAGCCGGCCCCGGCCCUCUGGGGACAGCUCAAGGAUCCAUGGCACGGCCACGCCAUCAGGCUCCUGACAGAGGGAUCCCUGGGUGGUUCUCGGCAAAGUGUUUUUGCUUUCUCCGCUUUCUUCACAUCUCCUUGCACCAUAUUUUUAGGGCCCGUGGUUUUGGUGUGUUUGGUUUUCUUCCAAGCUGACAGGUGCAUGGGUUCGAGGCGUGUACAGAGUUGGAUUUGUGGAUACUUCCGGGAGGGGGCCUGAGGACACGGUGGGAGACUAGCCAGGGCAGGGUGUGGGCUACUGGGCCCUCUCCAGGAGAGGGACUGGGACCCCCACUGUGGGCAGGGGCCAUGGGACCCAAAGCCUGUAUCCUGCUCUCCUCAUCCGGCUGAGCCGGGAAGGGAGCAUAGAUGCCUGCCCGGGCUCCGCCCGACCUCCCCCAAGACCCUGGCUGAGGUCCCAUCCUGUCCACAGAGCCCCAGAGAAGGCCUACCCCGUGGACGUGGCCUGAGGGGAACCGGCGAGGCUUGUGCGGCCGGGGCUCCCUCCCGCCUGUGUGCCGCUACUGGCCGGCCGUCUCCUGCCUUUUUCCUCCUCAUCCCACCGUCUCAACCACCUCGCUUAAGGGCCCUGACUCUUUCUUACUAAUAAUGAGGAAACAUGGUGUCCCAGCCAAAGGGUUCCCCCUCCCACCUCCUCGGGGUAGGAGGUUAAAGAGGGUUCAAUACCAAACGCCCUGCCCCAGAAGAGAAAUAGUCUUUGAGUUUGGGGCCGGAAGCAAGGGCGGGAGAGGCAGUGCGCCAUGAUCAGGUUGGUUUGGUUUGUCUUUGUGUCUUUUUGUUUUGUUUUAAACAAUCAUCAGUGAGAUUUUUCUUCAGCCACCAGUGUUGGCCUUGAAGCAGAGGGCUGCAGCCCGUAGUGUUUGUAAAAUAAGAAAGAAUACACAGUGUGGCUGUGGUUGGGUUUUUUUUUUCCCUCCUUUGAGAAUUUUUUUUAUAAAAGCAAAAUUAAAUACUUUUUUAAAACUGAAAUCUGUGGAUGAAAUAGAAGCUGGAACCCACCUCUUGGAAUAUUCAGCCUAAGAACCUCAUGGGACUAUGAAUUCACCUGAAAUUUUCAUUUGCCAUCAGGCUGAGCUUUUAAAGAAAAAUUGUUCUCUAACCAGGAUUGUAACAAAAGUGUAAAUACUAUUUCAGAGUUGAAAGUUGAUGGUGCAAAUAUGUAUAUAACGUACUGUAUUUUUACAAUGAUCGUCGCAUGACUCUAUUCCACCCCUUUUUGUACUCCAUAUCUGUCUUCCAGAAACGUCACCUGCCCUUUCUCCUGUGGUCUCUUAAUCCAAUAAUUGUAUUACUGCCAUUAAAGGAUGCAGUUAUUUUAAAAA